CAGAUCUAGAGAGAAAUAGAAUCCUGGAGGAACAGAUGAAAAAGUAAGAAAUUUCCCUUCGUUGAAAUUUGACUGUGUUGUUGUUGCUUUGGAAGAAAUACGAAAUCGAAGUCAACAAUCUGAGUAUGUGGGGUAGGGUUGAACUUGAACUGUGCCCUGACAAGAUUUUCCGAUUUCUCUGUUUCCUUUAUCGCUCUGCAAAUCAAUCUAUGUCGCAAUUCUCUCUUUUCAUCGCAUUUCCGCUUCCAAAAUCGAUUCCGGAGAGGCACAAACGGCGGAGUUGGGGAUUUGAGAUAGCGAGAAGAAGUAGCUAUAGCUAGCUGAUUUGGGAGUCCAAUCUUUUUACUGUUUUGAUUCUCUUGGCUCCUUCAGGUUAUGAACUGGUCUGCUUCUUCCAGCUGUGCUACCUCUUCGAGUUGCAGUUUCAUUGGAUUAUCGGAACUUCAAGACAUAUUCAUAAUAGGAGGGGGUUAGAGCUAGGUCUGGAGUGUGAAAUAUAAUUUGCUAGUGCUCAACUCCAUAUGCUUUAUUUUCAGUUCUUUGCAUUGGAAGAUGUCGUGGGUGAGGGGUAAAUCCUCUGGAUGGGCUGCUGUUAACCUUAAGCAACAGAAGAGAGGGCUUCAAGAUGAAAUUGAACCCGAACCAUUCCCACCAAUAUCAACUACUCUUUCCUCUCUGCCUCCCCAUGGAAAUUUGCACAGAGUUGAUAGUCGUUCAGGGAGACCUUUCUCAUCUGCACUCCUUCCUUCUGCAGAUUCUCUAACUUUGCCCGAAACUUCUGGUGCCAAGAAGACAGUACUUGGAGAUUCUAGUAUUCAAGGUGGAAAGAAGGUGAUUGAAGAAAUUUUUUUAGCCCUCAGGAAGCUUAAAGAGCUCCAUUCUUGGGCUGAUUUUCGCUUGAUUGAGGAUGUAAUGGAAGCUGUAAAUAAUAACAUCAACGAGGCUUCUAUUUUAUUAAAAGCUAUGGUUUCUAAUGAAACUUUUGAGAACAAUAAUGAGAUGAGCACCUUAGGACCGCAUUCCUAUAAUGAUAUAUCUUGCAGUGGUAAGAACAAUGUGAGUGUACCAUUAGAAAAAACUGUUAAUAUUCCAAUCCUCAGUUCCACAAUUAAGAAUGUGCAUCAAAAUAAUAUUGCAUGUGAUGAAGAUGAUACAAAAUUGAUUGAAGAUAAUUAUUGUGAAAGAAAUUUCUUUCAUAAUGUUGGGAAUCCAAAACUAUCUCUUGGUUGCUCAAAUUCCGUUCCUAUUGAGCCUGAGUGGGAAGAAGAUGAUAUUUACCUGAGCCAUCGGAAAGAUGCUAUAUCAAUGAUAAGGUCAGCAUCUCAACAUUCAAGGGCUGCCACUAAUGCCUAUCUUAGGAAGGACCAUAUCUCUGCCAAGUAUCAUUCAUCAAGGGCUAAAGAACAAUGGCUAGCUGCCAAAAUGUUAAAUGAUAAGGCAGCUAAUGAAAUUUUACGGACGAGGAAUAUUAAGAAUGGGCUCUGGAAGUUGGACUUACAUGGUCUUCAUGCAGCAGAGGCUGUUCAAGCCUUGCAAGAACACUUGCUGAAAAUUGAAACUCAGAAUGCCUCAAAUCGAUCAUUGUCGCCAAAGAAAACCGAAAGGAAAGGGUUCUGGCGUGCUUCAUCCCUUGAGUCUCUGAAUUGUAUAGACUCAAAGUUGGACAAAGAAUCGACAUCAUCUAGGCAUAGGCCGAGAUUAUUGGAAGUUAUAACAGGUAUAGGUAACCAUAGCAGGGGAGAAGCUGCUCUACCCACGGCCGUGACAAGUUUUCUUAGUGAAAAUGGAUACCGUUUUGAGCAGCCGAGGCCUGGGGUGAUCAGCGUUCGACCAAAGUUUCAUAGAUGAAUUGCCAAAAGCAAAGCACACACAUUGCUGCUAGUAUUGGCUUGGAGAGAAUGUAAGUUAUUUAGUUAGAGAAUAGUUAAUGAUAUGAUUAGAUGUGGAAGCAAUUGAAAUAUUAUUUAUGAAUUUGUCCAUUCAAUGAAACAUUGAACCUUAGAAGAAGGUAGGUUGUAGAGGAGAGCAGAUUUAUGAGUGGUUAAUAGAUUCUUAACCCCAAUAACUGUAUUAUUAUUAUGUUCUCUUUCUUGGAAAAGAGAGCACAGACAGAGUUUACAGAGAACUUGUGUAUUUAAUAAUCUCAUGGGGAUAAUAGUGGAUUAUUUUCUUUGUAUUGUAGCA